UCCUGUGAAGCUACACUCUGCUGAGCUGUGAAAAUGAAUAAUCAGAGGCUACCCGACAACUACCAGACACCGGUGAGACCCAGUGUUCAAAGAGCCGUACACGAGGCACAAAGUCAGAUGGCUGCCGCCAGAAGCAGUGCGCAGUCAGGCAGCAGUCCUGUGAGUGUGUUCGGCAUGAUUCGUACGACAGAAAAUCAGUUCGGAGGAAGGUCAAACAGCACAGUGUCACCAAAUUCUAACGCCUGCAACUUGGAACAUGAGGCAGAUUUUCAGACGUCAACUAGCAGAAACAGCGCUGCUCACCUGAAUUGUGGUCCAAGAUGUACCUUUUGCAUUAAAAAUAGAGAGCAUGACAAUUCGGGAGGCAUCACGAACAGCAUCACGUUACUGAAUCCUAGUUCCAGCAGCAUUUUCGGCGUCAUACGUACGGCAGAAGGUUGUUUGGAAAGCAGUGCAAAUCGAGACACGUCACCGAAUUCUAGCACCAGUUCCAUAGAUUCAGAGAGAGAUGUUGACCAGCCCACCGAAAAACUGCCACCACCGAAAGACAUAGAUCUCAGAGAGUCCCAGAACGAAUCGGAAGUAAAGGCCUCAAAUUCCAAACUUCAAGUCCGAGGGGGUAAAAAGAAGAGACUAGCAAGACAGCAACCCUUAAGCCAACCUCAUCGUUACCCCAAAAGGAAUCGAAAAGUCCCAGAAAGGCUUGUGCUGUAA